AGCAGAGCGCGGACAAACACGCAGAGGGGAGGGGGAGCUGCUGCCUUUGCGGAAGCCAGUGGAGAGCCGAGGCGGCGCUAAAUCAAAUUACCAUACUAACUAGUUCUCUGUGCGCCGAUGUGAGGGGAACAGCCUGAAGAAAAGCCUCCGUUUUAAAGUCAAGACACCUACGAGUCCGGCCUCAUUUUGUUGGGAUCUUCCUGCCGUCCGCCUGCAGAGGAGAUGGGGGACAAGGCGGGCACCAGAGUUUUCAAGAAGUCGAGCCCCAACUGUAAGUUGACAGUUUACUUGGGAAAGCGAGACUUUGUGGACCACCUGGACCACGUGGACCCAGUCGAUGGCGUGAUCCUGGUCGACCCAGAGUACCUGAAGGACAGGAAAGUCUUCGUCACGCUGACCUGUGCGUUCCGAUAUGGACGCGAGGACCUGGACGUGCUCGGUCUGUCCUUCCGGAAGGAUCUCUACAUCUCCACCUUCCAGGCCUUCCCUCCGGUGCCCGAGGAGCGGAAACCCAACAGCCGGCUGCAGGAGAGGCUGCUGAAGAAGCUCGGCCAGCACGCACACCCCUUCUACUUCACCAUUCCUCAGAAUCUGCCCUGCUCAGUCACUCUACAGCCCGGACCCGAGGACACCGGCAAGGCCUGUGGUGUUGACUUUGAGAUCAGAGCUUUCUGCGCCAAGUCGAUGGAAGAGAAGAUUCACAAGAGGAACUCGGUGCGUCUGGUGAUCAGGAAGGUUCAGUACGCUCCGGAGAAGCCCGGUCCUCAGCCGAUGGUGGAGACCACCCGCAGCUUCCUGAUGUCCGACAGGUCCCUGCACCUGGAGGCAUCUCUGGACAAAGAGCUGUAUUAUCACGGCGAGCCCAUCAGCGUCAACGUCCACGUCACCAACAACUCCACCAAGACCGUCAAGAGGGUGAAGAUCUCCGUGCGUCAGUACGCCGACAUCUGCCUGUUCAGCACUGCCCAGUACAAAUGUCCAGUGGCUCAGCUGGAGGCAGACGACCAGGUGUCGUCCAGCUCCACCUUCUGCAAGGUGUACACUCUGACCCCGACACUGGACAAGAACAGAGAGAAGAGAGGACUCGCUCUGGACGGGAAGCUCAAACAUGAAGACACCAACCUGGCCUCAUCCACCAUUGUGAAGGACGUCACCAACAAGGAGGUCCUGGGAAUCCUGGUGUCCUACAGAGUCAAAGUCAAGCUGGUGGUGUCCCGUGGAGGGCUGCUGCGAGGCUUAUUGGAGAGGGACGUGUCGGUGGAGCUGCCCUUCAUCUUAAUGCAUCCUAAACCUCCGGAGCCGCCGGCGUCCCGCCCGCAGUCAGCUGUGCCAGAAACUGACCCGCCCAUCGACACCAAUUUGAUAGAGUUUGACACAAACAGCAUCUCGCAGGACGAUGACUUCGUCUUCGAGGACUUCGCCCGCCUCCGGCUCAAAGGUGUUGUGGACGACAAGGACGAGGACUGCUAGGAGCUCGCCAACCCCUUCAUAUGCUCGCUUCAAAACCACAACACACACACACACACACACACACACACUCACACACUGUUCACAUUCCCCAGGGAUGGAUGAGGGUAUAUUUGGACGGAGGCCUCGGAGGGGCUGGGUGGUGUUCUUCCUCUCUUGCUUCAGCCAUUCGUCACGCCACCUCUGGCAUUUUUCCGCCGUCUUCUCCAUCUGUUGUCUCUCGUUUCUCUUUUUUGCUAGAAAUUCUAAAUGUUAAGCAGCUGCAGGACAGAUGUUGGCACUGUGGAUGGGAACCUGUGCUGCUCGUCGUGGGCGGGGCUUUGAGAUAGAAAGCAGGAAGCUAAAGAAUCAGCAGCGUUCGUCCGCUUUGUUUUUGAAUGUUUCCCGACGAUCACCGUCCUGUACAAACAGAAUAUAUAUUUGGAAAAAAAAUUGUUCGGUGGUGAUCGCCGCUUUCCUUCGAGUAAAUCCUGUAGAUAGUUUUUCUCGCGGUGGCUGCAGCGAGAGGAAAUACAUGUGCACACAAACACACACUCAGAGAAGUCUUACAAGCGACUGAAGUUCGAUUUCACCAGCAUCCGCUCUCCUCCUGCUCCAACUGUCGUCCAUGUUCAGAAACGUUCACCGUGUUCUGUCGGCUUUUUUUAAUAAAAAAAACAUUCCAGUGCGGACACUUCAUUCAAAUCCCAGAGAUCAUUUUGCAAUCCUGCUUUUUAAGAAAUUACAUGAAAAGACGACAACCAAAACUUUAUCCACCCUCUCCGUGAGUGGAGCUAAUUUAACUCUUUAUUUUGGAUUUAAUCCUGUUAAAGCUCAACAGUAAGCUGGUAGUUGUCUGAAUACUGUUGUUGGUUAAGAGAAUGAAGACGUGUAAUUGCACCAAUGUGACAGCGAACAAAUUGAAGCUAAAAACAAAGCAUAUAAAUCUGAGAUGGUACAGGGGACCUGAUCACUGAGAGUCACGAUUCUUCAUUUAUAUCCUGGGUUGUUUUAGUUUCUCUGAUGGAAAUAAAGAAAACUCUUGAGUUUAGUCACACUGGAAUCUUUUUUUUCCCCUUGAACUUUGGACUGGAUUUGGAGGUCGAGUCACUGGAUAGGUUUUUUACCUUUCUUUGAUCUGUUUCUGUUUAUUUCAUUUCCAGAUUUACAGUUAAAGUCAAUGAAACUGAUGCUAAAGUCUGUUUCUCCUGUUGCUUGUUAAAAUAGAAACGGUCUGAGACUCGGUGCGGCCGGUUUAACUCGCCAUUGUCAGCUCAUUGAAGGGAAACUCUGGUGCUCGUUGUUUGGUUUGUUGUCUUCACUCACUGGUCCAAACUCACUUUGAACAAGCAUUUAGAUGAAGUUAGUAUGAAGCUUCACCUCAGAGUUAGGUCAUCACAGGAAGCUGUGCCUUUAAGGCUUCACUGUUGCCAACACGAUGAUCUAUGAACUUUGGUGACUGACAAGAACUCAGCUUUUUUUAAAAAGAAAAAUUGUUGGUUUAAAACGUUUGGGCAAACUUGGGAUGUGUCAGUUUAGAAACACUGCGUGGUGUUAUUUUUCUCUAAUUAAGUUCAUAUAAGUUCAGGUCUUACAUUUUAGUUUCAGGGGAUAAACCAUUAAAUAUUUUUUUUUAGUAAAUAUAACUUUAAAAUUAAUAUUAACUUUUUAAUAAAAUAAAACAACCACAUAUUCUUAUAAUUUCUAAUCGUUGAGAGCUUUUCUUUAUUUUAUUGUGUAGAUUGCAAAGAUACAUUUUAAAUUAAUGUCACCAUUUUCUUUUCUGGAAUUAUUUCCAAUCUGGUAACAAAUAUUUCUGUGGCCUUUACUGUUGUUUAGUUUGUACUGUGAUGAUACAAUAUUUGGGGGUUUGUCCGGGAUUUGGCAGUUUCAGUUAUUUCUAGACCAUCAAACACAGAUUACUUAAAUCCCACUAUUGUUUUGUUUGACACAUUGAAAGAUGCUGAUGACGGUGAACAGACUUACUCACUUUAAUGUUGACCUGUUCAAAUUUGACUUAUUUCCUGUGAAUGUUCGUAUUAAACAUGGUUGAAGUUUCUGAUAACCAAUUGGUCAAUGAUCCGUAAUCCUGCAGCCAAAUGCUCAGUUUUUUUUGUUUUUCCUACUCACAUCUGUAUGAUGUCAUGCAGAGCAGAUGUCCCUAUUAUGAUCAUCUCAGGACACAGAAACCAUCUCAUGUUCUGACCAGAGGCAGCCAAUCAGAAGAAAGUUGUCUUAAAGUGGAAGUGAGAGCUCAGUACAAGAUAAGGAUUAUUUAGAGCUGUGAAUCACGCAAAGCUGCUUUGCUAGAUUCUCAUAGAGACCAAGGAUAAAAAUGCAGAGCUGGUAAUGAGCAGUAUUGAUUCACUUUGAAAUGUUUUUCACACCUUUAUUCUCAAUAUGUGACCAAAACAUAAUGAUCUAAAAAUGAAACCAUAAAACUUUUUUUUAAAGGUUGAUGCCAAAGGAAAUGUAUAAACUUGAGAAGCUGAAGUUGUUUAAAAUAGUCCAAAAUGGACCAAAGCAUCAACACAAACAUGCAUAAAAAGACCACUGGGCAGUCGUGUUGAAGAGAAAUGAACUGAAACUAAAGGCAGUGCUGUGCUGUGUAGUACCACGAGAUAGUGCUGUGAGUCUUUGCUGGACCUUGAUUUCAAAUCUGGUCCAGAGUUUGGAUUUAGGUGUUUUGGCGAGUACCCGGUAUGUCUGCCAUAAUGUCUACAAAACAGGAAGUGAUUUCUGCUGGUGGGACGGACAGAGAGCAGCUUAAAAGUAGCUGCACAUUGACUCUCUGCUUCAUCUUGUGGUCCAAAGUGCAGCCAUGCUGCUCUUCUUCACGUUCUUUUGAAACUUUAGCUCAUUUUGGAAGCUUUUAAACAGUUUUUAAAGCACGUUUACUUACAGGAAGUAACUUUAGGGUGCCAUGAGAAACAUAACAGCCAAAAUGAACCAAUCAGCACCAGUGUUUCCGUUCUAAAUCCACCUCACCGACAUCCCGCCUUGCCCUCUCAAGACCAUCAAACCAUUUAAGUGAUCUCUUUUCUUCCCUCCAUCCAAACUCGGACACGAUGUGAAGGACUUCAGGUUUUAGAUGCCAGCUUUCCAAAUCUGUUGCUUUUAUUCUAGGCUUUAUUAUCGUUAUUAUUAAUGUUAUUUUGUUAAUGAUUUUUGGCCCCAAAUCCCCGUACAGAUCAACAUUUCAGAUGAACACGAGCACUGCACUUUCAUUGGAUGAAAACCCCGCAGAACUGCAGACGUUUUAUUUCAGAAGACGAAGACGAAUGUUAACAUUUAUUUUUCCCUAAAAUUGUUUGUCGGGGUUUCACAACUUGAACUUUCUGUUUUGUUCAAUUUUAAAACUGCCAAAUUUCCCUCCUUCCCACCCCCCCUCCUUCCUUAGCUCAGUCAAACGUUACAGCUGUGACCCUAAAAGAAGACGUAGAUGAAGAAGCCGACUCGGAGCAUGAUUUGAAUUCCUUUGUUUGAAAUUUUGUUUCCAAGCAGUGCUGUGAAUCGUACGAGCUGUGAUUCUGUCCUUAUUUUGUCGUGCAUAUGUGGGGUAACUUUGCUAAGUGUGAAAAUAUUUUGACAAGUGCCACGCCCCGGCCUGUGCGAUGCUUACCAUAAUGUCUAUAAAACAGGAAGUGAUUUCUGCUGGUGGAACGGACACCAGAACAGAUAGAUCUAUGAUUAUUAUGCUUCUGAUUAUUAUUAUUAUUAUUAUGGUGACUUCUUAUUAUUCUACUGUAUCAUCAUUGCGACCAUGAUUAUUCUCAUAAUCAUUUAAGAGUCUAUUGUUUCGCCAUGUAUUUUUUAUGUUGAGAUUUUUAUUUUAGUUUUCUUUUUAUUAAAGGUAAAAAGAACUAACAGACA